CUAUAAGGUCAGUAGCUGACCAGGCUGCGACAAAGACACAUGAAGCUCAGCCACGGUGGACUGUUGCGGAAUGCUUUCCUGAGAAGGCAGGCUACUCUCUUAAUGACCUCUACCAAAAGGUGAAACUCCAGAGGGUAUUUCUGCUGUGGAAAACGAGGUUCUGCGAGCACCGGAGAGCUGAUUCUUUCUCUCAGGCUUUGGAGCAGUGCCGUCUGAGAGAAGCUCUGAGAUUGUGGCACCAAAUGUUUCUCAUGGUGAAGACAAUUAAACGAAGUCCUAAGCACUCUCCCAAGGCUGUUCAUAAAGAUCCUCUUGCCUUGCUAGUUUCUGAGGACCUCUCAACAUCUUCUGGCUUCCACAGCAGUGCUCCAGCUACUUUUGCUUCUCAAAGCUCAUUGGAAAAGGAAUAUAGUCCUAGUGACAGCAGCGAGCAGAGCUUUUCCUCCAUUCUGACUGCUGAGGAUGUCACACAAAUGCCCUAUUACAGUUCUUUACUGCAACUACACCAAUGCACAGAGCUGCCAGCCGAGCUGGGUGGGGAGCUCUGCUUGCAGGCAUCCUUUUCUCCACAGAGUCCUGGAUUGGGAGGAAAUUGCUUUGUGGGAGGACAGAUUCAGUCCUUGGCACUCCAUACUCCAGGCAGUAAUGUCCAGCCUCUUGCCAGUUCUUCUGCAUGGGAAGAGGACUGCAGUUUGGACAAGGAGGUGAAGCGUUACUGGCAACAAGCAGAGAAAUGCUGCCUACAGAGGUACUUCUUCAUCUGGUCAUCUCAAACUCAGCAGCUUGUGAAGGCCCAGCAAUACUGCAGACUUGUUCAGCUCUCUCGGCCAUUUCUCAGCUGGCACCACUGGGUUGUGGAGACUAAGAACCGAAAAGCAGCAGCAUCCAUAAAUCAUCACAUCCACUGCUGUCAAAUGGUUUUUAAUCUGUGGAAGAAGAGACUGUCCCAGAAAGGAAUCGGGUCAUGA